UUCUGUACGUGAGCGGAGUAGGGGAAGACGCUGUGAAGAUCUUCAUAUUCCUUGGAAAUGGUUACCUUCAGGUUUCACCAGUACCAGGUUGUUGGAAGGGCUCUGCCAUCUGAAGCCGAUGAGCAUCCCAAGAUUUACAGGAUGAAACUCUGGGCCACGAAUGAGGUUCGGGCCAAGUCCAAGUUCUGGUAUUUCCUGAGGAAGCUAAAGAAGGUUAAGAAGAGCAAUGGCCAAGUGCUUGCUAUUAAUGAGAUUUUUGAGAAGAACCCUACCAAGAUAAAGAACUAUGGUAUCUGGCUGCGCUAUCAAAGUCGUACUGGUUACCAUAACAUGUACAAGGAAUACAGGGACACCACUCUAAAUGGUGCUGUGGAACAGAUGUACAAUGAGAUGGCUUCUCGUCACAGGGUCAGGUUUCCUUGCAUCCAGAUUAUCAAGACUGCCACCAUUCCAGCAAAGCUAUGCAAGAGGGAAAGCACCAAGCAGUUCCAUGACUCCAAAAUCAAGUUCCCAUUGGUGUUCAAGAAGGUUCGACCUCCAACCAGGAAACUCAAAACAACCUACAAGGCAUCGAGGCCCAAUUUGUUUAUGUAAUUUCUCUAUAGAUGGGAGAAGUAAGAGUGAUUCCAAUUCUGACAUUUUGGAUAGAACUUAUGUCAGUUGAUCAGGAUAUUGUUUUUGUUUGGGAAUUCUAGGUUAUCGUAUGUGAGACAGGUUGUACUUUUGCCUUUUAAAAUCAUUUUGUUUAUUGUUAAUGUUGGUAUGUUCUGCUAUUGUUUGCUUGAGAUGGAUAAGUUAUAUUAUGUUGGUGUUCUGAAACUUCCGGUAUUCUAAAAACAUC